UAGUUUGUAUUAUAUGAUUAAAGUCGCAAUAAACAAGAUUUGUGUGUAGUAUGUAAGUGUCGUAUGGGUAGUAGUGAGGGCUGAACAGCAUGGGGUAGGGAUGUCAGAGGCAGCUGCUGUGUGUACUAGAUGGUGAAUAUUCAUAACAAUACACCCCAGCCUCUCUUUCUCUCUCUUCUAUCCUCUAUGAGAUAAUUAACUAGACUAGCUGUACCGCAUCUUGAGAUAUAAGACAACAUUUUGCUAUAUCAUCUGUCAACAUAUUAUAGUUUGGUUUGUGAAAACAUUUCAGCAGAAAAGGAAUAUAUAUAUUAAAGACACCGACUGAGAUUUUUACACCCAAAGACAUGAGUCUGGAUGAAGACACACGCUGGCUGGAAUGGGUCACCGAGCAGUUCGAGAAUAUCGCAGGGGACGACAAAGAAAUCGACCUGGAUGAGUUUAAAACGGCUCUCAAAGUCAAAGAGUCGUUUUUCGCCGAGAGGUUUUUCGCCCUAUUCGAUUCCGAUGGAAGCGGCUCCAUCAGUCUGGAUGAACUUCUCAAAGCUUUGGAUCUUCUGAUCCACGGCAGUGAGACAGACAAACUACGUUUCCUUUUCCAGGUCUACGAUGUGGAUGGAAGCGGUUCAAUAGAUCCAGAUGAGUUGAAAACGGUUCUCAAGUCCUGCCUGAGCGAGAGUGCCAUCUCUCUUCCCGAGGAGAAGCUGGACGACCUGACGCUGGCUCUUUUUGAAUCUGCCGAUAAAGACAAUAGUGGCUCUAUAACAUUUGAGGAGUUAAAGGCAGAGCUGGAGAGCUUCCCUGAAGUUAUGGAGAACCUCACUAUCAGUGCUGCCAACUGGCUGAAACCUCCGGAUCUGGAAGAGAAGAAAAGUAAAACUCCUCGCUACCUGACACGAGCGUACUGGCACAACAACAGCCGUAAGUUACUCUUCCUCUGCCUAUAUGCCCUCCUCAACGUUCUCCUCUUCAUCAUUGCCAUAAUGAAGAAUUCAUACGGAGGACCCUGGUACAUGUUGGCGAGGGGUUGUGGCCAGUGUCUCAACCUCAACUGCACUUUUGUUGUGGUGCUCAUGCUGAGACGCUGUCUGACCUGGCUGCGUGCGACUUGGGUAGUGAGGUUGCUUCCUAUUGACCAGAACAUUCUUCUGCAUCAGAUCGUGGGCUAUGCCAUCCUGAUCUUCGGCACUGUGCACACAGUAGCUCACGUGAUGAAUUUUGCACGUAUGUCUAGGAAGGAUGGAACGUACCAGCUUUGGGAGUAUCUGCUUACCAUUCGUCCCGGUAUCGGCUGGAUUAAUGGAACCGCCUCCAUUACUGGCGUGGUUCUGCAGGUUCUCAUCUGUUUGAUGGUGGUGUGUUCCAGUACAUUUGUCAGACGGAGCGGCCAUUUUGAGGUCUUCUACUGGUCUCAUCUUUCUUAUAUCUGGGUUUUAGCCCUAUUGAUUGUUCACUGUGCCAAUUUUUGGAAGUGGUUUGUGGUACCUGGUGUGGUGUUCCUCAUUGAGAAGCUGGUCGGGAUAGCUGUUUCUCGAAUGGGAGGGCUGUACAUAGUUGAAGUCAACUUGCUGCCCUCAAAGGUAACACAUUUGGUUAUCAAGAGACCACCAUCCUUUCACUUUAAAUCUGGAGAUUACGUGUAUAUAAACAUCCCUGUCAUUGCCAAGUAUGAGUGGCAUCCGUUUACCAUCAGCAGUGCCCCGGAGCAGCAAGGUAAAACAAACCUAAAGCAGCAAGAUAUUUUGUGGCUGCACAUUCGUUCCAUGGGUCAGUGGACAAAUCGCCUGUAUGAGUAUUUUAGACAGUCAGAGAGCCAAACCAUGAGCAACAAAAGGCUCACGGCCAGCCUGAGGAACAGACGGCACCAGAGAAGAGCACAGUCUACGAUCUGCUACAAUGGGACAGUGGCGUCUAAUAAAGAUGAUUCUGUUGAACUGACCCUGUACAGAACAAGUGGAACCCACCCAGGUUCUCAAAAGCCUGUUGAGGACCCAGCGGCUCAGGUGGAACUCGGAGACGCCUGUUCGGGUACCAGAGAGCUCUCAGCAAAAUUAAGUGAAAACCACAGAUUUUGUAACAUUAAGUGCUAUGUGGAUGGACCCUUUGGCACCCCUACACGUCAGAUCUUUACAUCCGAGCAUGCAGUGCUCAUUGGAGCUGGAAUCGGCAUUACUCCAUUUGCAUCUAUUUUACAGAGCAUCAUGUGCCGGUAUCGUAUGAGAAAGCAAAACUGCCCCAACUGCAACUACUCUUGGUGUGAAACUAUUAAAGACAAUGAAAUGAAGCUGAGAAAGGUGGACUUCAUCUGGAUCAACCGAGAUCAGAAAUCCUUCGAGUGGUUUGUGAGUCUCUUGACCAAGCUGGAGAUGGACCAGGCCGAUGAAGAACCAGAGGGGCGGUUUUUGGAGAUGCAUAUGUACAUGACAUCAGCCCUCAGUAAGAAUGACAUGAAGGCCAUUGGUCUGCAGAUGGCUCUGGAUCUGCUGGCCAAGAAAGAAAAGAGAGAUUCAAUCACAGGACUUCGCACACGAACACAGCCUGGCAGACCGGACUGGGCAAAGGUGUUUCAGAAGGUUUCUGAGGAAAAGAAAGGAAAGGUUCAUGUGUUUUACUGUGGAGCUCCAGCUCUGGCCAAAGCCAUAAAGGCACAGUGUGAACAUUUUGGCUUCCACUUCUACAAAGAAAAUUUUUAAACCAUUUUUAGUUACUUGGUUGUUUUCAAUCUCACCUCCCCUGUUAUUGAUCACAACUGGCCUAUUUUCCAAUGUUACAUUUCAUCACAUUUGUUAUGUUGCUUAUUGUCUUUAUCUGUUGAGUAUCUAAACAUAAUCAUAUUUAGAUUAUUUAGCUUUUGUUUUGUUGUGCCUGAUGUUGUACAUGUUUUAAUAGCAUAUAUAGCUAUAUCUAUACUGUAUGUUAUAAUUUACGUAUUUGUCUGUGUACCUCAAUAAUGAAUAUUGUGCUAAAAUGGCCAUAUUGGUUUUUAUGCAUCGUGUGGCUAGAUGCUAAAGAUGUGUUAACAUAGAUGUGAGUGUUAGCUUAAAUAACAAAACAUUUCAGUUGAUGCCAUGUAAAAUUGUCUUACAAUAAAUACUAAUGAUAAUAACAAUAUGAAUUUACUCCGAAAUGAAAUAGAAGAGACUUAUACUUACAUGUAGCCUAAAUAAAGAAUAUCAGUAGCAUGUU